GUUCAUUUUUAGAAAAGAAAAUUCAUUGCCCAUGUAAAGAAACCGUAUUUAUCAACUAUAAAAGAUCUCUGCUAUCUUCAAUAAAAUUCAUUCAACUUGUUUCUUUGAACAAGUUGAUUCUUCAGGUCACAAUAUGAAGAAGCUACCAAGCCUCUCUCUCAUAUCCUUCUACCACCUUACUUCCCUCCUCUUCAUCUUUGUUCAGUCUGCUCGCCCUCCAUUUGCUUGUGAUCCAUCUAAUAAAUUAACAAAAUCAUUUCCCUUUUGCAGAACAUCACUGCCCAUAAGCGAAAGGGUCAUAGACCUUGUCUCCAGACUCAGAUUGGAUGAGAAGGUCUUGCAACUUGCAGACACGGCAACUGCGAUUCCCCGGCUCGGGAUCCCUGCCUAUGAGUGGUGGUCUGAAGCAUUACACGGCGUCGCCUUCCUGCCUCAUGUAAGCAGCAGGCAAGGUAUCCAUUUCAAAGGAACCAUUACGAAUGCCACUAACUUCCCACAAGUCAUUCUCACUGCUGCAACAUUUGAUACCCACCUCUGGUAUCGCAUUGGUCAAGUGGCUGGAAAAGAAGCGAGAGCUAUAUAUAAUACUGGACAAGCUACAGGGAUGACAUUUUGGUCACCAAACAUCAAUAUAUUUAGGGACCCAAGAUGGGGAAGAGGGCAAGAGACUGCUGGAGAAGAUCCCUUGGUUUCAGGGAAGUAUGCAGUGUCAUUUGUGAGAGGCAUUCAAGGAGACUCUUAUGAAGGAGGAGCCCUUGGGGAGCAUCUUCAAGCUUCAGCUUGCUGCAAGCAUUUUACAGCUUAUGACCUGGAUCGCUGGAAAAACAUGCAAAGGUUUAUCUUUAAUGCUAAAGUCACAAAACAGGACAUGGCUGAUACAUUUCAACCUCCAUUCAAAAGUUGCGUACAAGAAGGAAGAGCCAGUGGGAUUAUGUGUUCUUAUAAUCAAGUUAAUGGAAUCCCAAACUGUGCAGAUUACAAUCUAUUGUCUAAGACAGCCAGAGGAUACUGGGGCUUCCAAGGAUACAUCACGUCUGACUGCGAUGCGGUAGCUGUCAUGCAUGAAAAUCAGACAUAUGCCAAAACACCAGAAGAUGCAGCUGCAGAUGUGCUUAAAGCAGGGAUGGAUGUGGACUGUGGUUAUUAUCUGAAGAACUACACCAAAUCAGCCAUAGAAAAGAAGAAAUUGAAAGAAUCUGCUGUAGACAGAGCCCUUCACAACCUCUUCUCCAUAAGGAUGAGGCUUGGAUUAUUCAAUGGCGAUCCAGCCAAACUUCCUUAUGGCAAUAUUUGUGCAAACCAAGUUUGUUCCCAAAAGCAUCAAGCUAUAGCCCUUGAAGCAGCUAGAGAUGGCAUCGUUUUGCUGAAGAACUCUGAUCAGCUGCCUCUUUCAAAAUCAAAAACCAAAUCUCUUGCAGUUAUUGGCCCUAAUGCUGAUAAUGCAACAAUACUUCUUGGAAAUUAUGCAGGUCCACCAUGCAGAGCCAUUACACCAUUGCAAGGAUUGAAGGAUUACAUUAAGAACACCAAGUAUCACAAAGGUUGCAACAAAGUUGCUUGUCCUUUGGCUCAAGUUCGCCAAGCAGUAAAAAUAGCACAAGGAGCAGACCAAGUUGUGUUAGUUAUGGGACUUGAUCAAGAACAGGAAAGGGAAGAAACUGAUCGCAUUAACUUGGUACUACCAGGGAAGCAGCAAAAGCUCAUAACUAGUGUUGCACAAGCUGCAAGGAAACCAGUUGUUCUGGUGCUUCUUUGUGGAGGGCCGGUAGAUGUAUCUUUUGCCAAAAAUAAUAAGAAAAUUGGAAGCAUUUUGUGGGCUGGUUAUCCAGGUCAAUAUGGAGGAACGGCACUUGCAGAAAUCAUCUUUGGUGACUAUAACCCAGGUGGGAGAUUACCAAUGACUUGGUAUCCACAAGAGUUCACCAAGAUACCAAUGACAGACAUGAGGAUGCGGGCUGAUUCAUCUUCUGGCUAUCCUGGUCGCACUUAUAGAUUUUAUGAAGGUAGAAAGGUUUUUGAAUUUGGUUAUGGUCUAAGUUACUCAAACUAUUCUUAUGAGCUUGUCUCCGUUACACCAAACAAGAUCAUUUUAAGAUCAUCAACUCAUCAUAAGACAGAAAGAUCAAAUCCUAACGGUCACAAGCUAGUUUCAGAGUUGGGAGAGGAACUCUGUGAAAAGAGCAAGUUUUCCGUUGUUGUAAGAGUUAAAAACCAGGGGGUAAUGACAGGCAAGCAUCCAGUAUUGCUCUUUGGGAGGCAAGCAAAGGUUGAACAAGGGUCGCCUAUGAAAAAAUUAGUUGGAUUUCAAAGCAUCAAACUUAAUGCAGGGGAGAGUGCUGAAAUUGAAUUUAAGCUGAAACCUUGUGAGCACCUUAGCAGAACUAAUGAAGAUGGCUUGACGGUGAUGGAUGAAGGGUCUCAAUACUUGCUUGUUGGAGACAGAGAGUUACCAAUCAAUGUAAUAGUUUGAUACCAAGAGGUUUACGUCUUGGCCAGUGAACUAGAAUGUUGUUUUAGCAUUAAUUUGGCUUCCAUCAAUGAAUUGCCAAUUUCAAACGCCUAAUGCAAAUAAUUUUCCUAUUUAA